GUUAUAAGAAUGGUGGUGAGCCUCGUUCAGAGGAAGGACUCUUAUGAAAGGAUCUGCCGCAAACAUUGAAUUUGGUGUCCCGUUACGCAUAUCUUUUCCUUCCUUCGAUUUGCUUUUUUAAUUCUAUUCUUAGCUUUGACAGCCCGGCAGUGGGAGGCAGGUCUUUCCACGCCUUAUAAAAUAUGAAGUUCAGAAAUUCAUCCCUUCUUUUUGCGCUCAUCGCGGCUGCAGACUUAGCGGCAGGUCACGGUGCCAUCGUCAGCGCCUCCGGAGACCAAGGCGGACAAGGGAAUGCUAUCGGAAUCGACCAAAACACACCCCGAGAUGGAACAAGGCGAAGGCCUUUCCAACAGGAUACUACCCGCUUCCGCGGAAGUCAGAGGAACACAUGCGGAGAAACAUUGCUGAAUGGUGACAAUGAUAUUGAAGCCGGGACCCAAAAGGUUAUGGACGACAACGGAGGGACCCUUCCUCAGGUUUCUCCCGGUGGCGAGCUUCAAAUGACCCUACAUCAAGUCAAUGCCGAUGGUGGUGGGCCGUACAAGUGUAUGAUUGACUCUACUGGAACUGGAACUCAGUGGCAAGACAUUCAAGUCACUCAGAAUGUUCCCGGUCGGCUGGGUAUCAAUCUUCGUGGUCGUAAAACCGACUUUCCUUUAACUGCCCAAAUUCCAAACAAUCAGGAAUGUACAGGCACAGUUGCAGGUCAGGAAAAUGUUUGCAUGGUCCGCUGCCAAAAUCCCGCGCUCGCGGGGCCAUUCGGGGGCUGUGUUCCUGUUCAAAUGCAAGGCGCAGCAACUGGUGGCAAUCAGGGCAAUAAUGGUAAUGGGACUAAUGGGAACAACGGCGGGAAUAACGGCGGAAACAAUGGCGGGAAUAACGGCGGAAACAAUGGCGGAGACAACGGCGGGAAUAACGGCGGAAACAAUGGCGGAAACAAUGGCGGAGACAACGGCGGAGGCAACGGAGGAGAUAAUGGGGGGAAGAACGGUGGGUUUCUCGGUGGCUUCCUUGAUGGCGUUCUCGGAGGUGGUGGUGGUGGUGGUGGCGGCGGUGCUGGAGGUUUCCUCGAUGGCAUCCUUGGAGGGGGAAAUAAUAAGGGUCAGAACCGAGGCGAUCAAGACCAAGAUCAAGGAGGACAACAAGAUGACCCGUCUUUUGAUGCAGAAGCUGAUAGGCAAGCGGCAGAUGCUGCCGAAGUCGAGUGA